AUGGCUACCAUGAAUCCGUGGGAAGAAAGUUCGCUACAAUAUCGCUACGAAGAUGACACCGGCGCGGUUACCACCAACGUCGCCAUACACGUCAACGAUACGGUACACGAUAGCAUUAUCUACCCGGGGCUGUACGCCCCAAGCGGCGUCGAUAUUCUAGGCAUCCUUGCCCGCGUGAUGAUGAGGCCGUGCCCGACCGUCGAGCUUGGUCCUAUCGACGCAUCGUGCGCCCUCAUCUUGUGCGAUCUACAGCAGCCAGACUACCCCAUAGUAUACGUGUCGGAUGCCUUCGUCGUGUUGACCGGUUUCUCCCCGUCCGAGGUCAUCGGACGAAACUGUCGAUUCCUACAGGCUCCGGGCGGCAAGGUCCGCAAAUCCUCCGCCCGCAAGCACGUCGACAAGGACGUACUCAAGAGGAUGAGCCGGGCAGUGGCCUCCAAUACCGAGCUGGCCGUUCAAGUCACCAACUUUAAGAAGAAUGGUGACAGGUUCGUCAACAUCUUGACGAUGAUUCCCGUCUGCUGGAAUAGCUCGGUGCCGAGGUACUCUGUCGGCUUCCAGGCUGAGAAGACCUGGUAG